AUGAGUAAAAGUCCGCGCCCCAAGAGAUCUAACGCCGGGAAACCUCCGGCAAGAUUUGGGUUUGAAGAAGAUGAAACAGCAUCCCAACAAGAGGAACCAAAUUUGAUUGCUUCAUCUUCUAUGCCUCAACCAGAGAUAUCCACAAAUGGUGAAGAGUCAUCGAACGCCACCAUAAAAGUCCUGGGAGGGUCAAACACCAGUACAAAUAAAUCUCUGAUUGACGAACAGUCAAUUCAGGAAGAAAUUAAGCGGGUCGAGCAAGACCAUGAGCUUGCAAAGGAAGAACUGCAGCUAAAGCUUCAGCUUCUCACAUUGGAAAAAGAAAAAAUCAAACGUGUGAAUGAGCUCAAUGAUGAACUCAAGGAACUUCGAAGCAAUCCAAGCCGAAGUGUAAGAGAGGAUGCUUCUGACAUAGCAAGCAUGGACAGAACAAAGAAGUGGGUCACUGAGACUCAAUCCCAUGCAGAUGAAAAGAAGUCCAAAGAGGAUCCCGUUCCCGACAGAUGGAUGGAAAAGUUUGUGGUGAGGCAAGCCAUUAAACAAGAUCUACCACAAUUUGAUGGUAAAGCUGAAGAUUGGCUGACUUUCAUCACCCAAUUCCGUGAGUCAAGCAAACGCUGUUCAUACACUGAUUAUGAAAACAUGCACAGACUCCAAAAAGCUCUCAAGGGGAAGGCGAGAGACUCGGUGAAAGCUCUUCUACUUACACCUACAGGCGUAGAUGAUGUCAUCAGAGAAUUGGAGCUCCUUUACGGACGCCCAGAGCUCGUCAUAAGAUCAAUUUUGAAUCAAGUUCGAGGCAUGACUGCUCCCAAAAAUGCUGAGCAAUUUAUUGAGUUUGGAGCAGCGAUACGGAACUUUGUUUGUUCAAUAAAGCACAUGAACUGUUUUAACCACUUGAAUAAUCCCAUGUUACUUGAGGAGUUUGUCCAGAAAAUACCCUCUUUUGUGAAGAUGUCAUGGGGAGAAGUUGUGGCUGCAAAGAAAGGGAUGGUCAAUCUACAAGAUUUUGCCGAUUGGACUAGAAAGGCCGGUGAAAUUCUAAGUUACACUACCAUACCCAAUACACAGCCCACAAAUACUCAGAAAAAUAGGGUUAUGACUGUCACUGAAGACAAAGAUGCAAAGAACAAACAGAAUACUUGCCGAGUUUGCGAAUUAAGUUCCCACAGAACUCCAAACUGCAGAAAAUUCUUUGCCAUGACGCCACAGAAACGUAUUGAAUUGGCAAAAUCAAAAAAGCUCUGCAUACACUGCCUCAGAGAUAAUCAUGAGAGUAGUACUUGCUUCCGGAAGAUGGUUUGUGGAGUGGAUGGAUGCUCUGUACAACAUCAUAAGCUCUUACAUCCAAGACAAGAGCAAGAAACUCCAGCUAGAACAGUAGCCGCAGCAGCAACUUCCGCUACUCAGACAGAGAAUGUUGGACAUGUAGCCACAAACAUAACCUCUCACACAGUUCUUUUGAAGAUCCUUCCAAUUAUUCUCACGGGACCAAAAGGCUCGAUGGAGACUUAUGCUUUCCUUGAUGACGGUUCUACAGUGACUAUGAUUGAUGAAGAAGUCGCAGAAACUUUGGGACUGGAAGGAAAUGUUAAAUCACUGUCCGUGCGCUGGACCGGGAAUGUAACUCAGAACCAUGAAAAUUCCCGCGCAGUAGCUGUGAAGAUCAAAGGCGACUACAAUGGUGCAAAGGAGUUUCAUCUGAAGCAUGUGAGGACUGUACCAAGUUUGGCCUUACCCAUUCAAUCAGUAGAUGUAGACGAGUUGUCCAGAAAAUGGCCACACAUCGAUCCAUCAAAGAUAACCUCUCGAGGUUAUGCACAUCCCAAAAUAUUGAUAGGUGCCGAUAAUGCUUCACUCAUUACAGGAAGACACUUCACAAGCGGACCUUACAAUGCACCUUUCAUGGUGAAAACAAAGUUAGGAUGGUGCCUCUACGGCCAAGUACCGUUAGAGAGAGGAAAUCCAGAAAACUUUAGCUUCCAUGUCACUGAGGUCGAUGAACUUCACGAACUUGUGAAGAAAUCUUUCUCGACUGAAGGCUUUGGAGUAAAAAUUAAAAGCUCGUCCCUCGGUUCACGUGAGGAUGAAAAAUCUCUCCAAAUGAUGGAGAAGACAACAAAAAGAGUCCCAGAAAGAUGGGAAACAGGCUUGCUUUGGAGAAAAGAUAGUCAUGAAGCCAUAAACUCUAGAGAGAUGGCGCUUAAGAGACUACUUUCCCUUGAGAAGCGUCUGGAGAAAGAUCCUGAACUUGCCCAGCGUUAUCAAGCCAAUAUCGAUGGUUAUUUGGAGAAGGGAUAUCUGAAAGAACUGGACGCAAAUGAUGAGAGCCUUCCCAUGAAUCAGUGCUGGUACUUACCACACUUUCCUGUGAUUAAUCCGAAUAAACCAGGGAAAGUAAGAUUGGUUUUCGAUGCAGCAGCAAAAGCACAUGGAGUCAGCCUCAACGAUUUGCUCAUGACUGGGCCAGAUAUGAUGACAUCCCUCUCAGAGAUUUUGAUAAAAUUCAGACAACGUCGUGUUGGAUUCACUGGAGAUAUCAAAGAAAUGUUUCACCAGGUGAAUAUCAGAACAGAAGAUAACAAUCAUCAACGUAUCCUCUGGAGAAAUACUCCAAAAGAAGAAAUACGUGAAUUCAAACUGGUGGUAAUGACCUUCGGAGCAGUGUGUUCACCAUCACUGGCAGCAUAUGUGAAGGAUAGAAAUGCCAAGGAAUUCGCCGAGAGAUAUCCAGCAGCAUCGAAUGCAAUCAUUGAACGUCACUACGUGGAUGAUUAUGUGGAUAGCUGUGAUACAGAGGCAGAGGCAAUCCAACGUGCCAAAGAAGUGGCAUUUAUUCACAAACAGGGUGGUUUUGAGAUUCGCAAUUGGGUGUCAAAUUCUUCGAAGUUUAUCCGGGAAUUAUCACCUGAGGAAGCAGAAAACAAAAAUAUGGAUCUCAACGGUUCAUCAGAAAGAGUUCUGGGACUACACUGGGACUGCAAGAACGACAACUUCGUCUUUCAAGUGAAAUUACACAAAGUCUCACCAGAAAUUCUUCAGGGCAGACAGAUGCCGACCAAGAGGGAAAUGCUGAGAGUCAUCAUGUCGGUAUUCGAUCCACUGGGGUUUCUUGGGACGUACAUGGUGCGCUCCAAAAUCAUGAUGCAAGAAGUCUGGAAGCAAGAGAUUUCCUGGGACGACGAAAUCAAAGAAAAUCUUCACGCGCAAUGGCUAGAUUGGAUCAACUUCCUGCCUCAGAUAAGUGAAGUUAAAAUUCCCAGAUGUUUCUCAGUUUUCAUUCCAGAAGCAAUCUCAAUUCAAUUGCAUACAUUCUGUGAUGCAAGCCAAGAAGCCUUUGCAGCAGUGACGUAUUUGCGAGUUGAGUACCCAAAUGGUAUCGAUGUGACUUUUGUGUGUGCAAAGAAUCGGGUUGCCCCUUUGAAGCCCAUAUCCAUUCCGAGAUUAGAGCUGCAAGGUGCUCUCAUGGCCAGCCGCCUCACAGAUGUCGUGACAAAGACUCUUGAUAUUAAAAUCAGUGAGAAAUUCUUUUGGUGUGACUCAAAAACGGUGAUCUCGUGGAUUAAAUCAAGUGAUAAACGUUUCACUCAAUUCGUUGCCUGGCGCGUCGGAGAGAUUCGUGAACUAACUGAUUCGCGUGAGUGGAAUUGGAUUCCAACUGCCCAAAAUGUAGCAGAUGAAGCCACUCGGUCGUCAGGGAAGUGUGAUAUGAAUCCGAACUCUCGAUGGUUUAAUGGUCCAAGUUUUCUUAAACAAGACAAGUGCUUUUGGCCGAAAGACAAUAAUCCACAGCGAGAUGAGCUCGACUAUUCCCACCAUCCGCUUGCCAAGUUAAUAUUGAUGGAUUAUCACAAGCACGGGCUCCACCAAGGAAAAGUGCGACUCAUCAAUGAAGUUCGUCAGAAAUACUGGAUCCUUGGGGUGAGAUCAGCCGCUCAGAGGACAAUCCGAGAGUGCCAAGAGUGCAAAGUGAGAAAAGCAUCGCCCAGAGAGCCGCUGAUGGGACAAAUUCCAGAAGCGAGGUAUCAGUACGGAGGUGCACCGUUCAGUCACUGCGGUAUAGACUAUUUUGGACCAAUGGAAAUCAAAAUUGGACGCCGCCAUGAAAAGAGGUAUGGAGUCUUGUUUAUUUGCUUAACAACUCGUGCCAUUCAUUUAGAAUUAGCCGAAAGUCUGAGCACGAAGAGCGCUGUGUUGGCCAUCCGGCGCUUCAUGGGUCGAAGGGGACAACCUGUCGCUUUCUACAGCGAUAACGGGACAAACCUACGAGGAGCCUACAAAGAGAUCCGGCGUGCGAUUCUGGAAAAUAUAUCCACGGAUGAGAUUCAACAAGUUCUUGCCGUGAAGGGCGUAGAUUGGCGCUUCAAUCCUCCGUCAAGUCCACACAUGGGAGGUGGAUGGGAACGUCUUAUCCGUUCCGUGAAAACAGCCCUCAUGGUGACACUGAAGGAGAAAUAUCCAACCGAAGAGAUGUUGCUGACAUUGCUCAUCGAAGCUGAGAACGUUGUCAAUAGUCGUCCACUCACCAAUGUUUCUGUGGACAAGGAUGAUCCAGAAGCCAUAACACCCAACCACUUUCUCCUUGGACGGUCAAGUGCUUCACAGCCGUGGGGUACAUACACAGAUGAUGACUUACUUCAAGGAUGGCAAGCUGCUCAGAAGCUUGCGGAUGAGUUUUGGAGGCGAUGGCUAAAGGAGUAUCUUCCAACACUUGCGCAGAGACACAAGUGGAAUCGACGAAGCCCCAAUCUACAAGAGGGAGACAUCGUAAUCGUCGCAGACAGCAACGAAAAGAGGAACACCUGGCCAUUGGGGAAAAUUGUACAAACUUUCCCGGGAAGAGAUGGCACAGUCAGAGUUGUGGAUGUGGAGACGACCAAGGGUAUUUACCGUCGACCAGCUCACAAGAUUUGUGUUCUACAGAAAAAGGAGUAG